CAUUAGCAGUUGAGAAAAAUUCCUUUCUAGUUUGAUCAAUCCUUGUUUUCCUGGGCAGAGCCUAGGAGCCCGCCCUGCGCGGAGAGGGAGAGAGGGGUCUCUCCGCGGCGGGGGGGGCGCCCUGAGCGGGUCCUCGGGGGAGCGCCGAAGUAGCGACAAGGGGGUCAGGCCAGAGCACCUCCGGGGCUUCUCCCUCCCUCCCUCCUUUCUGGUUGCCUUUUUUUCCACUUCUCUCCCUCCCCCUUCCGUUUCUAUUUGUGAAGGGAGGAGGAAGGCAGAGGCGGGCUGGUGUCUCUGGCCGGGGACUGGAAUUUCAUCUGAAUGACUGCCCCAGCGCGCACGCAGCGCCCCGGAGUCUGCCCGUCCGUGCCCCGCAGCCGGCGCCCGCACCCGCACCCGCUCGACCAGCGGGGGAACGCCCGCUCCACGGCCCGGGGACAGUCGGCUCGCCUUGUCGGCCCCGUCCGGAUCUAGAAACGCUCAGCGCGGCCGCACCAGCUUCUAGGGCCCCUCGGACCUCGGCCCCCAGCCAGGCGAGGGAGGCGCGGCGCCGACGAGCCGGGCGGGAGCCACCAUCGCCGAGGCCGUCGCUAAAGGAAGUGUGCGGCUCCCGGGCUUCGUCCGCCGUGGGUCGCACCCGAUGUCAGCCGCGGGGCCGAGCGGAGGCCGCGCGCCGACGCUGCCCUAGCCGAGCCGACGAAGAGGCGGCCUCGUAUAUGGAAUUUGGAUCCUUGCGCUCUGCUCCAGGGCUGGUUCCCCGGCCGCGGCCCUGGUUUAGUCCACCGCCUCCCGCUAGGCGCUCGGGAGGAGGAGGAGGAGGAGGCGCAACCCGCGGCGCGCGCGGCGUGAGGACCGAGGCUCCCUCCUCUGGGGGGCGGGCACGCGGAAGGCGCUGGUGACUGAGCGACAGUCGGGGCCGCCGGGGGCCGGAGCUCCGAGCUCCUUGGGCCCACAGCUGCACCGGACGAACCCCCAGGGUUGGAGAGUUAGGGAGGCCUGCCUGGGCCCCCUGGCCGCAGCCGCCAUGGCGGAGAAUUGGAAGAACUGCUUCGAGGAGGAGCUCAUCUGCCCCAUCUGCCUGCACGUCUUCGUGGAGCCGGUGCAGCUGCCGUGCAAACACAACUUCUGCCGGGGCUGCAUCGGCGAGGCGUGGGCCAAGGACAGCGGCCUGGUGCGCUGUCCGGAGUGCAACCAGGCCUACAACCAGAAGCCGGGCCUGGAGAAGAACCUGAAGCUCACCAACAUCGUAGAGAAGUUCAAUGCCCUGCACGUGGAGAAGCCACCGGCGGCGCUGCACUGCGUGUUCUGCCGCCGCGGCCCCCCACUGCCCGCGCAGAAGGUCUGCCUGCGCUGCGAGGCGCCCUGCUGCCAGUCCCACGUGCAGACGCACCUGCAGCAGCCCUCCACCGCCCGCGGGCACCUCCUGGUGGAGGCGGACGACGUGCGGGCCUGGAGCUGCCCGCAGCACAACGCCUACCGCCUCUACCACUGCGAGGCCGAGCAGGUGGCCGUGUGCCAGUACUGCUGCUACUACAGCGGCGCGCAUCAGGGACACUCGGUGUGCGACGUGGAGAUCCGGAGGAAUGAGAUCCGGAAGAUGCUGAUGAAGCAGCAGGACCGGCUGGAGGAGCGAGAGCAGGACAUCGAGGACCAGCUAUACAAGCUCGAGUCAGACAAGCGUCUGGUGGAGGAGAAAGUGAGCCAGCUGAAGGAGGAAGUGCGGCUGCAGUAUGAGAAGCUGCACCAGCUGCUGGAUGAGGACCUGCGACAAACAGUGGAGGUCCUGGACAAGGCCCAGGCCAAGUUCUGCAGUGAGAACGCGGCGCAGGCGCUGCACCUCGGGGAGCGCAUGCAAGAGGCCAAGAAGCUGCUGGGCUCCCUGCAGUUGCUCUUUGAUAAAACAGAAGAUGUCAGCUUCAUGAAGAACACCAAGUCUGUGAAAAUCCUAAUGGACAGGACCCAGACCUGCACGGGUAGCAGCCUUUCUCCCCCUAAGAUCGGCCACCUGAACUCCAAGCUCUUCCUGAACGAAGUGGCAAAGAAGGAGAAGCAGUUACGGAAGAUGCUAGAAGGCCCGUUCAGCACACCAGUGCCCUUCCUGCAGAGUGUCCCCUUGUACCCAUGUGGCGUGAACAGCUCUGGGGCAGAAAAGCGCAAGCAUUCAACGGCCUUCCCUGAGGCCAGUUUCCUGGAGACAUCAUCGGGCCCUGUGGGCAGCCAGUACGGGGCAGCGGGCACAGCCAGCGGCGAGGGCCAGUCUGGGCAGCCUCUGGGGCCCUGCAGCUCCACGCAGCACUUGGUGGCCCUGCCGGGCGGCGCCCAACCAGUGCACUCAAGUCCUGUGUUUCCCCCAUCGCAGUACCCCAAUGGCUCUGCCGCCCAGCAGCCCAUGCUCCCCCAGUAUGGCGGCCGCAAGAUUCUCGUCUGUUCUGUGGACAACUGUUACUGUUCUUCCGUGGCCAACCAUGGCGGCCACCAGCCCUACCCCCGCUCCGGCCACUUCCCCUGGACAGUGCCCUCACAGGAGUACUCACACCCUCUCCCGCCCACACCCUCCGUCCCCCAGUCCCUUCCUGGCCUGGCAGUCAGAGACUGGCUCGAUGCCUCCCAGCAGCCUGGCCACCAGGAUUUCUACAGGGUGUAUGGGCAGCCGUCCACCAAACACUACGUGACGAGCUAACGCCAGGCAGGACCCUUCCCCCAGCCCCAGCGGCUAGGGUUAUGCAUCCAGAGACCUGCCCUUGCACCUUCCUGCCUCUCCCUUCUCACUCCGCUCCCCCAGGGCUUUUCCUUUUGGAUUUUGUUUUUGUUUGAAGCUUUGUUUUUGAUUUUCUUCUUUUUUUUUUUUUUUUUAAUUAUGAAUCUCCUGGACGUGGAGGUGCCAGUGGGAGCUGACCUGGGUAGGGGCCACAGGUGGCCCUGGAGUUGGGAAAGUGUCUCAAGGCACUUAAGUUCUCUCUCUCCUUUUUUUUUUUUUUUUUUUCUACUACUUCCUCUUUAUAACCUCAGUUGCUGGAAUGGGCUUCAGUUUCCCCUGAAGCCUUGGAGACUCCAACCCUCCUCACUGGCCCAGGAGGAAGGACCAGUGCCCACUGGCCAGUCUCUCCUCCCUCUUGUUUUUCUGUUGGGCAGUUUUGAUCACUGAUGGAGUAAGGAAUGACCUAUAGAUUGUGGGACUUUUUUUUUUUUUUAAGCCAAGAAUAAUUUCUCCUGCUUCCUUCUCCUCACCAUCCUCCCAGACGGAGUUCAAAGGCCACUUCUCAAGCAGCUUUUGGCACCUUCAGCUUCAGAGUGGAAUCUUUCAAAGACAGGUGCCCUGUGUCCAGGAAAAGGAGGAAAGGAACUUUGCCAAUGAUAGUGACCACAGCAAAAGCAAAUAAUAAUAUUAAUAAUAAAGAGAAAUAAAAGAAAUAAUAAAAUAAAAAACAAUAGCACAGCCCUUGUUGAGGUCAGUGGAGGAGGAGGGGCUGCCUGAGUUGGGUCCUUGUCUGGAUUUUGACACAGCAACUUCCUGUAGUGAGCACUUUGUAUGAAUUGUGGACUUCCUGUUCUCAAGGCGCAGGUAUUUAUUCUGUAAUCUGUCUAGAGCACACACUGAAAUCCAACCUUCUAAUAAACAUGAUGGCGCAGUCCCA